AUGGAUGCAUCCGUCGCCCGCGCGGACCGUCGGUUGUCUGACUUGGUGCUGCUGUGGCUCUUGGUGCUGCUGCCAACGACAGGCUCGGUGGCACGCGCCGGUCCCGAUAUCGGCCUCGCGUCAGCACUCAGACAUCCACCUCCAGCUCCGUAUUCUGUCCUACCUCCGGCCGAAGGGGGGAGGGUGGGAGAGGAAACAGAACACGGGGGCCGCCCGGUGACGUUCGGUCCCACCCUCGAGAGCGCGCGCGCGAACGGGCCGGCGAUAUUCAACGCCGUCCAUGACGCCAUGCGCCAGUUCGGCUCCUCGCUGCACCACAAUGGAAUGUCCCUGAUUCCCGCCAUCGUCCCCGCGGGCGUACUCUUAUAUCACGGCACCGACACUACCGCUGUUCCUUCUGCCUUCGAGUGGCUCGCCUUUGAGAUUGAGCACGCCGAGGCAUUCGCCCACAGCUGGGGGAGACCGCCCGCCACACCUACGGUUACGGCUACCGUAACUGCAACUUCUCGCGGUGGAACAUCAUCUAUCACCAGCGCGAGCGGCGGCGAUUACGAUGAUGAUAACGCAUCUGAAGAUCUUCCAAACAUCAUCUGGAACAUCGUAUCGGACAGGCGCGGGAACAGACCCCCCAAGGGCCCCCGGCCGGAGCCAGGGCCCGGUUAUCUGCAAGUGUACCAGGCCACGCGACCGUUGAAUGUGCUCUAUAUCGACGGUACCGCAGCGGGCAAAACUAGGCUGGGCACUCUCGAUACCCAAGACCUCCUCCUAAGGGGUAGGCGUGGCGGAUCCGUGUGGGACGACUGGGACCGCGCCCGGGACUUGUGUGCGCUAGGCCAUGAGGGCUGGGGAAUCGAUGGGUUCGUGCGCAUGGAGCCCGGGUUUGAGAUUGUGUACUGCGACUUUUCGGACGGUCUGCGCCUCGUCUCGGCCGACCGCCGGCCUGGCUCUAGUCCUGGCGAGGCUGCUGCCGUCACCAACUCGUCAAUCGCCCAGUUCGAGUGGGCGCGCGCCGCGGCCCAGCGGUACCGCGGCAUCGGCGCCGCGCGCGUCCGCCCCGACUACUCCGCCAUGGUCUCCGCCUUCUUCUACCCGCUCAACCUGACGAAUCCGGACCCGGCGCGGCCUGAUCUACCCCGUUUGCUACAGGCAAGCGAUGCCGAGCUGCGUGCCAUCGCGGACCACAUCUCCCGCACAGUAGCCCGGUCUACGUCUCGCGACCACGCGCCGACGGUGGACUGGCAGGGAGUCACGGACAUGAUCGUGGCGCGGUACGUCGACCGUCUGCCCCUUAUGGCGCAGACUGACUCUCUCUCGACGUUGCGGGGCGAGGUCAAUACCCUCUUGAAUGUCUACAUCGACUACUCAUCCGAACCCUCCGAGAUGCUUGCCGUCGCGGAGAGGCGUUGCGCUUCGUUUUAUCUGCAGCCUGUGCAGGCCCUCCUCCACACAGUCGAGGACCGACUGAUCUCAGCCGCGAUCGAGAACACGGCGGCACGGAUCUGCGCGGCGCUCUUCCAAGUGCGACGUCUUGUUGUCGAAAACGCGGGGGUGGAUGAAUCAGAAUUAUCGUCGACGGCCUCUCUAGAGGCAGCGCGGGGGAUCGUGAGCGACUUGAUGGAGCGCACGCUGCUCUGGGCCCAGUGGAAAGAGUGCGGUACCUGCCAUGCCGACGAGGUCUGCCUCAUUGCUAUGUGGCCUAUCGGUGACGUUGAAGAUCAUUUCAACCCCAGUUGCCGCAACUUGUCCGCUGUCGGUGGUCGUCGCAGCUACUGGACAGGAGGCGACAACCCACCACCACCACCGCCGCCCUCAGAGAUGUCAUCCUUAUCAUGCGCCGAUCGGGGGAAACCGACGCUUAGGGAGGACUUGAGGGCCCCCUGGGAGUAUAUGUAG